AGUCACUUUUCCAGAUUAUUCACAAAUUUUUUUGUUCUUAUUUAUUUUCUGUAGUCUUGAAUGGUGGUCAUUUGAGCUAAUUGUGUUACUGUCUGGUCUACUACCGAAUCCACAGCUAGAAACCUCAGUUCUAUCUGUAUGGUGUUGCUAGGAGAUGCGGGUGGCAGCACAUAGGAGCAUAUGUCAAUCUUGCUUCCUUUUAUCUGUAUGGAAUUCCCAUUGCUGCAUCACUGGCCUUCUGGUUUAACUUCAGAGGGAAGGGUCUUUGGAUUGGAGUCCUCUGUGGUGCCUCUCUGCAAUCAUUUUUGCUCUCUAUAAUCACAAGUUGCACUCAUUGGAAUAACCAGGCUGCAGCCAAGGCGGGACGGAGAGUUCUUGAGUAAAAAUAUUCUCAAGUGAAUGAGAACUCAAACAAAUGACUGUCUUUGAGGGGGUGUAUGCCCUUAUGAUUUCUAUAGACAUUACCACCUUCUAUCUCUGUGGAAUUCCCAUUGCUGCAUCUCUGGCCUUCUGGUUUAACUUGAGAGGGAAGGGUCUUUGGAUUGGAGUCCUCUGUGGUGCCUCUCUGCAACCUUUUUUGCUCUCUAUAAUCACAAGUUGCACUCAUUGGGAAAUCAAGAUUGCCAUUCCAUCUGCUAUCAUGAUUUGGUAAUCCUCAAUGCCGCACCAUUAUGGACCCUUGGUUUGAGCACCUUAACUCUUCAAAACCAAUCUUUCGAGCCUUUUAUCUUUUAUCUGGCAGAGUAAAUGCUUAAUUGUCUUUCCCCCCCCCCAAACCCCCGUACUGUGUUAAUGGUUUUGCUGUGCAACCCACAUUUUUGGUCACUUUUUCAGCAAGGGAUGGCUUUGUUUCAUAUUGGAAAUGCUGAAAUCUCUCCAAUAUUGUUAUUGUUGAUUAUUUCCAACUGAUGUAUAUAAGACAUUUGGUACAUGUGCUUGUUCAACAACCAUAACUGAUAGCCGUACAAUUAGGCUUGGAUGGAAGAGUUUGUAAUGGAUCACCACGAUAAUAAUGUAUACUCACCCUAAGUUACUGAUUAUUCAGCUUGGCUAAGAAGAUAAUCUCUAUAUUCCUUAGGGUGGUUCGUUUGGAACUUGGAAAAGGCUAGGGAAAGAAAAUAGGGAGGAAAAUAUGGAAGGAGAAAAAAAAUUAAACUCAAAAUUAAGAUAUUUGGCUAUUUAUAUACUUCUACUAUAUGAAGAUUAACAAAAUAAAGAAUGUGUGAAACAUGUAAAAGUUUUAAGUAAAUGUGAAUUGUCUUUCUGCAUUCCAAGGUAAGUCCACCACUGAAAUUCUAAAAAAAAAAAAUUCCACCUGUCUUUUUCAUUUGGUCUACUAUUUUUUUAUUUCCAACCUAGCAUUACACUCUAUUAGUUUUCCCUGCACUGUCAUUAGGAUUACAUGAUGCGUUUUGCUGAAUUAGGGCUACUUUUUAGACAUCUGCUUUGGAACCUGUGCAAUUACUUGCUUCAUUUUCUGGUAUUCUUCUGUGUAGAUGCUGUUGAGAGGUUCCAUAUUUCGGCAUUUCUCCUGUUUGUUUUAGCUCAAAAUAUACUGGAGGCGGAAGGACCUUGGCUUCAAAGUUUCAUUUAUGUGACUCUCUAUCUCUCUCACCCCUUCCCCCUUUUGAGUGCAGAAUGCCCUUGUUGUGUACAUAUGUGAAAUGAUGAUUGAUAUAAUUAAACAUUCUUUUGUUGGCAAAUUCAACAACAUCAAGCCCAUGGCAUUUUCAGAAUUUCUUGAGGAUCUUUGCAAGCAGACAUGGAACCAGCCUGAGAGUGCAAAGAAUAACCUGGUUUUCAUUCCUCUAGCGCCAGCUUGCGUGGUAAUUCGAGUGCUGCGUCCAGUUUAUGCAGCUCAUCUUCCGUACAGUCCCCUCUCUUGGCGGGUAUUUUGGAUUCUCCUCUUGUCGGCAUUGACCUUUGUCAUGCUAGCCAGCCUCAAGAUAUUGGUCGGAAUGGGGUUGAAGAAACACGCGGGUUGGUAUAUAAAGAGGUGCCAGAGAAGGAAAAAACUCCACAGUGACUGAAGAAAGAUAAUUUCUCACUGUUACAUGGAAAAAUCACUCUUAAGACGAGAAAUGCCUCUUCGUGUGCCUAACCAUACAUGUGAUGAAAGCUUUCGGGAAGUUUUUCUUGCAAACCCAAUGGCAAAAGGUUCUUAUAUUGCUUCAAAUUUUGCGUUCGGGGCGAAAUCCAACCGUGACUUGUGAAUACACACACGCGCGCCGACACGCAAAUGAGUCGUAUAGAGAAUGCUUCGAAUGGAUUGGGAAACAUUUUUGUGUGGCAAGUUAUAGUGCAAUGUGAACAGGUUUACACAGAUACUAUGAGAGACUUCUUCAGUUUCAACUUAUUCCUAGGGAGUAAAGAUGAUGUUUAACUUUUUUUUAAAGGAGGGAAUAUAUUCUAAACAAUGUUAGAGAUAUAUUUAGAUCUAAACUUGUUCAAUUUUGGAUAUUUUAAAUGUAGAGGUACUUUUAUAACCCUUUGCAUGAUUCAAAAAUGCAUAUUCCUCAUGAUUUGGGAACACGUGGAAGCAAAUGGGAGAUUCACCGGUGUCUUGAAAGUUGAAACCACGAACAUGAAGAAUAAUAUAUGGAUCGGAUCCUUUGCGACUGGCGACUGGCUACGAAAGGGGCGACUAACGGCGAUUGGCGAAUCAUUCCGGGAUUUUGGUCUAGAUUUCUAGGUAUUAUGAUUUUUUACCUUUGUCAAUUGUGAUCUAAUGAAUUAUAUAAAUCUAAAAAUUAGGUUUAUGUGAUUAUGUCAUUAUGUGUGAUUUUUUUGUGUUUUGAUUUAACUUUUUAUUUUCUAUGAAAUGAAAUUGUUUAAUUUCU